AAUUCAUUAAUUUUUAGGUUUCUUUUGUUUGGGGGUUAAUCGGUUCAAGAAACCACGUCGAGUCGAAGAGCUACUGAUCUCUAUCAAUUUCUGGUCGUUUCCGAAGAAGGUUUCAGUUGGCGGUUUUGAUCGGACUUCAAGAGAGAUGCAAUUCUUCGGAGGCUCAGAAAUCAGUCCAUCUCCGCCGGCGCCCGCCGCAUCUGGAAACAAUGCCCACAUGCUCUACAUAUUCAACAGAAAUGGAGUCUGUUUGCUUUACAGAGAAUGGAACCGUCCCCUCAAGACCCUCAGUUCACAGCAAGAUCACAAGCUCAUGUUCGGUCUCCUAUUCUCUCUCAAAUCCUUAACUGCAAAGAUGGAUCCCACCAGUGUUGAGAAGGGGAAUCUUGGGGUGCCACAGCUACCUGGGCAAGGUUGUUCUUUCCACAGUUUCCGAACGAAUACGUAUAAACUGAGUUUCAUGGAGACUCCAUCUGGGAUUAAGAUAAUACUUGUUACUCACCCACGGACUAGUGAUCUGAGAGACUCCCUGAAGUACAUAUAUAACUUGUAUGUUGAGUAUGUGGUUAAGAAUCCACUAUAUUCACCCGGAACUCCCAUUAGAUAUGAGUUAUUUAAUAAAGCUGUCGAUCAGUAUGUAAGAGGCCUUGGCUAAUACCGUAGGUUUCUGGCUCAAUUCAUGAUACCUUUAUAGUUUCAAUGAUAUCACAGUUGGGGGAACCAAACUGCUUCUACUGCAGAAGAAAAUGUGAUUUACUCCUCUGUUGCCUAUUAAACUUUGGUUUUGGUUUGUACAUUCAAGUCUAAUCAUAUAACAUGUGACCCUUUUCUGACCAUUCUCUCAUUGAAUCCCCUCUUUGAUUAUUUUGCA